CGAGCAGCCAAAAAAAGCCGUCUAAACAAACAACAAAGAGCCUUCUCUCUCCCAACCCUUUUAAAGCCCAACCCUUCUUGCGGUAUCUCUCCUCUGCGCUCUCUCUCUCUCUCUACCGUGUGUGCCGUUUCAAUCUCAUCCUUUCAGAUUAUUCGUUCUCUCUUUCUCGAUCCCCAAUCUGGCAACCAUGAGUGAUGAGGGAGAAAAGACCUGCCCCCUCUGUGCGGAGGAGAUGGAUUUGACUGAUCAGCAGUUGAAGCCUUGUAAAUGUGGUUAUGAGAUAUGUGUUUGGUGUUGGCAUCAUAUAAUGGACAUGGCUGAGAAAGAUGACUCGGAGGGAAGGUGUCCAGCCUGUCGUUCGCCUUAUGACAAGGAAAAGAUAGUAGGGAUGGCUGCUAAGUGUGAGAGGUUAGUUUCUGAAAUCAGUAUGGAGCGGAAAACGAAGUCACAAAAGGCGAAAACUAAAUCAUUGGAAGGGAGGAAGCAACUCAGCAGUGUUCGAGUGAUCCAACGGAACCUUGUGUACAUAGUUGGGUUGCCUUUGAAUCUUGCAGAUGAAGAUUUUCUCCAGAGCAUGGAAUAUUUUGGUCAGUAUGGGAAGGUUCUAAAAGUUUCCAUGUCUCGUACAGCAGCUGGUGUUAUUCAACAAUUUCCAAACAAUACUUGUAGUGUAUAUAUAACUUACUCGAAAGAGGAAGAAGCUGUUCGUUGUAUUCAGUCUGUACAUGGAUUUGUCUUGGAGGGUAAACCAUUAAAGGCAUGCUUUGGAACCACAAAGUACUGUCAUGCUUGGCUGAGAAAUGUGCCUUGCAGUAAUCCUGAUUGCCUUUAUUUACAUGAGAUUGGUUCACAUGAAGAUAGUUUUACGAAGGAUGAGAUCAUAUCGGCAUAUACAAGGAGUAGGGUGCAACAAAGCACUGGCUCGAUAAACAAUCUGCAACGGCGUUUUGGGAAUGUUUUGCCACCGCCCGUGGAUGAUUAUUGCCCCAAUACCUCUGCUUCUACAGUGAAACCAAUUGUAAAAAAUGCUUCAACUAAUACAGCCAAUAAUAGUCCUCCAAAUGCAAGCUCUGGGAGAUCUGUUGCUCUUCCUGCUGCUGCCUCGUGGGGGAUGCGCACUUUAAAUCAGCCUCCUGUCGCAAGUUUAGUGAAUGGCCCUUCUAAGCAAAAACCAGACACUAUGAGUAGCGCAUUGACAUAUUCAUCAGCAGUUGCUUGUACAACUCAGGGUUCUAUGCUGCAUGGUGAAGCAGCGAAGAAGCCAACUUGGAUUGAGGAUACCCAAACCAUGAGUGGUAAAUGUAAACCAGAAACAUUCAAAGUUUUGAGACAAUUGGGUAAUGUAGAUUGUCGGGACAAUGCAUCAGAAAAGUUUGCUUUACAAAAUGGAGAUCUUGAUACGAUUAGUGAGUCACCUUCAUCUAUGCACGGUGAUAGGGGUGAUAAUCAGUUACCAAAUGUUACCAACUCUUUUGACCAUAAUGGACAGUUUUGUAGUCCUGAUCAUGAUAUAGAAGGCUGUGUUGGAGCAAAUGAAGAUAUUCAGUCCCUAUGUUCGGACAUGUCAUCAACGAGCAUUGAUAGAAAUAUUGAUAGUGGCCAUUCUGAUUUAGCUAGACCUAGUAAUUUACACUCUGAUCGAAGUUUGGUUAGAUCGUCAUCAUCUGUGAUUCUAGGGUCACAGCAUCAUCCAGUUGAACAAUGUAAAGAACCUUUAGCUCCACCGGCAGCUGGUAAAGCUCCCAUACAAUUGAAUGGGGGGUGUGUUUCAAGAGAGGAGUUUGAUCAAAGAACAGAUUUACAUGCCCAAAAAUUGACAAAUGCAAGUUCAGAAGUAGAAGAUAUACUGUUUUUUGAUAACCAGAGACUUAAAGAUCCGGAGGUUGUCAGUCAUUCAACGUACUUGCUGAAUUCAGCCAACUCUUUCCAUAUUUCGAAUCUUUCUAGGUCUAAUUCUUUGCAACAUACUGAGGCUUUUGGUGCUACAAAUGUAAAUGUGGAUCCUCUAUUUGUAGAUAGUAGAGUUAGGGAUGGUUUACAUCUACGGCCACCUAGUGAUUCUGCUAUAUCGAAUGAAUUCUCAGACAAGAUAAUUAGCAGUUCAGCUGGUUUAGAAAGAAAUGCGGAGGGCGGAUUGUUUCUUGCAAAUGAGGCAAGAAAGAUAAGUAUGGGAAGGUUUCUUGGUGAUGCUGAGAGCAGUGCUUCUGUAGACGCUGGGGAAAGCAGCAUAAUUUCCAAUAUAUUGUCACUGGAUAUUGAUGCAUUGGAUGAUUCAUUACGUUCACCUCAGAAUUUAGUGAAAUUGUUGGGUGAAUCUGAGAGACAGCCUGGUUCACACAAAGUGUCGAGUUCAUGGAAAGCGCAAAAUAAUCAUCAGUCUCGAUUUUCUUUUGCGAGACAGGAGGAAUCUACUAAUUCACCAUUUGGUGUUGAGCCUCCUUUUAGUGUGUUUGGGCAUCAAAAGGACCAGUCUUUCUUCCAGGAUCUUGCGGAAAACAGAGAUUUAUAUAUGAACAAGCUUGGAAUUGGUAAUGGAUUUUCUUCCAAUAAUUUUGGAGAAUCUGAUAACUUAUCCAGUGCUGCAAUUUUCUCUCCUAAUAAGAUGUCAGCAGUUUCAAGAUCUCAAAUUUCUGCCCCACCUGGAUUUUCUGUACCUAACAGAGCACCACCCCCAGGAUUUUCUUCUCGUGAGAGAGUGGACCAAACUCUCGACUCAAACUCUGGGAAUCAUUUGCUUGAUUCAUCUGCCUUGUUGAGAAAUUCGUAUCAGAAUCAGGCUCCUCAAACUGGAAAUUUUGGUAGCCCUGUAGAUAUUGAGUUUAUGGAUCCUGCCAUUUUGGCAGUUGGAAAAGGGAGACUCCAAGGUACUCUCAACAGUCCUAGCUUAGAUAUGCGGUCUAAUUUUCCAACCCAGUUUAGUGCCUUUGAAAAUGAUGCAAGGCUUCAACAACUGAUGCAAAGAUCUAUCACUCCACACCAGAACAUGAGGUAUGCUGACAUUGGGGAUAACUUUUCUUCUAUUAGUGAUUCUUAUGGAAUUUCUUCUAGGCUUGUGGAUCAAUCACAAGUUAGCAAUCUAUCCCCUUUUGCGCAAUUGUCACUCCAACAGUCCAGAAAUGCACCCAUGUCAAAUGGCCGUUGGGAUGGAUGGAAUGAGAUUCAGGGUGGAAACACACUCAACAUGGCGGAGGUUCUUAGGAAUGAGAGAUUGGGAUUCAACAAAUUCUACAAUGGUUAUGAAGAUUCAAAAUUUAGAAUGCCUGGUUCGGGUGAUAUGUAUAACAGAACAUUUGGAAUGUGAUCUUUAUGGAAUUGCGGCUUGGACGCAAAGGUCCAUCUGAGAUACUGGAAGGAGCGCGUGCAAUUCGAGGACGUUAUAUUGAAAGGGAUUGGACUGACUCUUAACUGGGGUUAUGUUGGCUCCCAGAGGGAAAAUCAAACUCCCGUCAAGUGCUUUCGUCAGAUCCACAGGCGAAGUGACAGUGCUCAACGGGGAUGAUAAAGAAGGAUUUGCUGACUGCUGUGUAUGGGGAUGAUAAGAAGAAUUUGCAUAAUGAUCCUCUGGAAGGUUUUCUGCUUGUAAUUACAGAGAGUGAAUAUUGAUUGUUGCACAACUGCAAACGAGUUUUUUUUCCUUGCUCCUUUUCUUUUGAAACUCUGCCAGUGUACUGCAAAGGUUAGGUUCCUUAAAAAGGGGAAAAAGAAAUUAAGCUUGGUUGAGAUGGAGGAGGCUAUUCUUAAA